UUUAAAUUGAUUUUAAAAUUACAUUUUUUAAAAGGUCAAAUUAAAGCAAUUUUGAGGAAAACCGUACAUGCACUCAUCGUGAACCGGAAGUUAACGUUUUUUGCUUGUACCCGCUGCGUACAGACCGAAUGCGCUUGGAGGCGAUAUUGCUCACAGCUAUACCGUGAAUAACGGUCAGUCCAUGACACCCCCGCCAUCCAAGGGCAAGGAUAUUUUAAUAACACGGACAAGAUCUGAUGGUGUGUGGAAGGCGACAGAUUAUCGUUUAACGGCGCCGAUGGAAUUAAUCGUGGUUAUUUAUCUGGCGCAGAUAACGGGAAAGAAUGCGCGUGUGUGAUGCGGCCGAGUGCGCGCGCUGUGCCGCUGCAGUAUCCGAGAAGAGGCGCGUGAGCCCUUGGCUGCAGGGGUCGGAUAGCCGCUGCGCAUCAGGAUGGCAUCCGGUGCUGGACGGGGCCUCGCACCCACGAAACCGUUCCCGUACUUGUGUGAGGAGUCUACUCAGGGUUUGAAAUCUAAGAGCCUCCCCGUGCUCAGCGACAGUCAGGCUCCGGAGCAGGACGCGGAUCAGACUCUGCUCUCUGCCCCGCACAGCUCGCCCCGGUGCGGCUCCCCCGUCAAGACAGAGUGUCGUGAGCCGGAGGGUCGCGGCGUUGCUGCGCUCUUCACAUUCCGGCUGCCGCCGGUGCCGGUGAGGCGCUAUGUGGACGGGAUCCUAUCGGACUCGCGCUGCUUUCUGAUCUGCAUGUGUUACCUCACCUUUAUUCAGUCUCUGAUGGUGUCCGGCUAUCUCAGCAGUGUCAUCACCACCAUAGAAAAGCGGUACAGUCUGCGGAGCUCAGAGUCAGGUCUGCUGGUCAGCUGUUUUGACAUCGGUAGUCUCCUCAUUGUGGUCUUCAUCAGCUACUUUGGUGGGCGGGGUCAGAGGCCGCGUUGGCUGGCAGUAGGGGGCAUGUUCAUUGCCGUGGGUGCCGCCCUCUUCUCCCUACCUCACUUUAUCUCUCCGCCAUAUCAGCUGGAAGAGCUGAACAGCACAGUAGGAGGAGAGGGGCUCUGUUCCAGUGGGAAUGGCAGUGGGCAGGAGAAGCCGGCACUGUCCAGGUGCCAGCGGGACAGGGAGGAGAGUGAGCACGCCCUGUAUGUGGCGCUGUUCAUCUGCGCUCAGAUCCUCGUGGGAAUGGGAUCGACUCCCAUAUACACCCUUGGACCAACUUACCUGGAUGACAAUGUGAAGAAGGAGAAUGCAUCCCUGUACCUGGCUAUCAUGUAUGUAAUGGGAGCUCUUGGACCAGCCGCUGGGUAUCUGCUGGGUGGGAUUCUGAUCGGAUUCUAUGUUGACCCCGGUACCAUUGUCAAUAUUGACCAGAGUGACCCACGGUUUGUAGGAAACUGGUGGAGUGGGUUUCUCCUGUGUGCUGUGGCAAUGUUGUUGGUGAUCUUCCCCAUGUUUUCCUUCCCAAAAAAACUUCCACCGCGGCACAAGAAAAGUAAAAGACAUGUAAAAAAGGGUGCAGGUGAUGUCUCCAGCGAUGACGAGAUGAUGAAGGAAAAGAGCCAGGCUGUCUCCUCCUCCAUGGGUUUUGGCAAAAAUAUCAAAGAUUUGCCAAAAGCAGCAGUGCGUAUAUUGAGUAACGUGACGUUUUUAUUCGUGAGUUUGUCAUAUACGGCGGAAUGUGCCAUUGUCACAGCCUUCAUCACUUUCAUUCCCAAAUUCAUUGAAUCUCAAUUUGGUGUUCCAGCAUCUAAUGCCAGUAUAUACACAGGUCUGAUCAUCGUACCCAGUGCAGGUGUCGGCAUUGUUUUAGGUGGGUACAUCAUUAAGAAACUGAAGCUGGGUGAAAGAGAAGCAGCAAAGCUGGCCAUGAUCAGCAGCGGCGUAUCUCUGCUAUGCUUUUCAACUCUCUUCAUUGUUGGCUGCGAGAGCAUCAACCUCGGUGGAAUCAAUAUCCCUUACACCACCGGGCCAACGCUGACUCUGUCUCACCGAAACCUGACAGGAAGCUGUAACGUCAACUGUGGCUGUAGGAUUCAUGAGUAUGCACCUGUCUGUGGCUCUGAUGGCAUUACUUACUUUAACCCGUGUCUGGCUGGCUGCAGCAACAUCGCCAACCAAACCUCAGGAAUCAGAAACUAUUCGGACUGCGCAUGCGUUCAGAGCAGACAGGUGAUCACUCCGUCGGGAGGAAACCACGAGCUGCAGGUGGUGAUUGUGAAGACGUACCUGAACGAGAACGGUUACGCACUUGCAGGAAAGUGUGAGCGCACAUGUGGAACGCUCAUCACCUUCCUCAUCUUUCUCUUCAUCGUCACUCUCAUAACCGCCUGUGGUCAGCCGUCCGUCAUCAUUGUUACGCUCAGGUCAGUGGAGGAAGAGGACAGGCCUUUUGCUUUGGGAAUGCAGUUUGUUCUUCUCAGGACUCUUGCCUACAUCCCCACUCCUAUCUAUUUUGGAGCUGUGAUUGACACCACCUGUAUGCUGUGGCAGCAGGAUUGUGGUUUCCAUGGGUCCUGCUGGGAGUAUGAUGUCACUUCCCUCCGUUUUGUUUACUUUGGGCUGGCGGCGAGCUUGAAGUUCCUGGGCUUCCUGUUCAUUUUCCUCACCUGGUAUUCGCUGAAGCAGUGCGAGGAGCAGACACACACACACACGCUUUCCCCGCUGGACACGGUGAGCCACCUCAUCUGUCACGCAGGAGGUCACAAAGGCCACGCCCGCACACGCUCCUGUCCUGUAUUCCUGCCACGCCCACCUGAACACUCCCACGCUGCCAUGACAACUGGACAGGCCCUUAGCCGUGGUAACAGUUGCCCUGGCAAUGGCCUGAAAGCAAUAACUCCACCCAUACGGUCACUUGAAAAAGUGGCGGUGUGAGGAUUGCAGCCAUGCACACACACACACACACACACACACAUGCAUGCAAACAUCAUACAAUAAUGAGGGCCGAUUAUGUAAAUAGAAACGUACCACACCGCUUAUAGCCAUUGCUGGUGCCUUUUUUUUUAAACACACACACACACACACACACACACACUUCUAAGACACAUUAUCACGGAAUUUGUGUGAAGCACUGAUUAGAAAUAAAACUUUUUUUGACACAAUACCUCAGCAGGACGAAUACCUCUGUUCAUCAUCACAUACAAAUGCAAACAUCCUCUAACACAUAUAACAUGGUCAUCUCAUCUAGUUAUCUAUAUUGUUAGUUGUGCACAUACUCUUUUGCUUCUCCUGUACAGCAGACAGAUACUUGUAUUUGUUUACCUCAUUGAUUCAUCUAUUAAUUUUUCAACAGUGAUGGGAAAGAGACUGCAAACUUUACCAUGCAAACUCAUCCCAUCGCACUGAAUCUAACAUUAACUACUCCCAAACGUCAAACCCCUCCCCUAAAACAACUUCUCUACCCACGCCCAGAGUGUAAACUCUUCCCACUGCAAAACAACCUCCAUACCAACCAUUUUUUCCACACCCAUACUGUAAACUCCUCCCACAGUUUGGUCCUUAGGUCCUUGUGUUAGACUUAAAGCAGCACUGCGCAGAUUGAUCUGUGAAUGUCAUCAAAGUACCACGAGAGCUAUAGAGAGCAGACGACUACCUAUGCUUUAAAAUCACUCUUAUGGUACUUUUAUGUCAUUCACAGACCGAUCUGCGCAGCGCCGCUUCAAGUCAAACACCUUUAGGCUUGUUCGAGAUGCAUCGGUGUUGCGCAGACCGAUCGGCAUAUGACAUCAAAGUACCACGAGUGUGAUUAGAGAGUAGACGGCUCUUUAAUCUUUUGAACUGCUCUUGCAGGACUAUGAUGUCAUACGCCGAUUGACCUGCGCAGUGCCGAUCAUUAAACUACCUCCCUACCAACUCUUUUGGCCACACCCAGACUGCAGACUCCUCCCACUGACCACUCCGGAAUCAUAAUAGCCCCUCCCAAACUUUAAAACCCCUCCCCUAAAACAGCCUCUCUACUGACCACUUCUGGAGUGUAGACUCCACCCACAGUAUUGUCUCCACAUAAGCUGUGGACCCUCUCAAACUACGAACUCCUCCCCUUAAACAACCUUCCUGCCAACAAUUUAAGUCACACCCACAAUGUAAGCUGCUGUACUGACUCCUCCUGAACUGUUUUGCAACAGUUGGUGCAGUGCACACAUCUGUUAAGCUUUCUGUGUCUUUUUUUUUCAUAACGUCUGUGCAUCAUAUCAGUAUUUGAAAUGUUUCCUUCUGUUGGCCUUGAUCGUAAAUAGUCAUCUUAGUAAAUAACAUACACACAAAAACAACACACAUACUGUAUAGGAGACAAGUCAUCUCAUGUUCACACACAUCAUGUAUAGUCCUGAAGACAUGCUCUCACGUCCCUGUAGAUGGUGUUCUGUUUGCGCUGACAUUGAGCCAGUAUUAGUGGUGUUGAUGGUGACGCAAGUGACGACUAUCAACACCAGAUCUGAGCAGAAAUCUGCUGAAUUUCUGAUCGCUGCAGGAUUUCAGUAGAAACAGAGCAGAAUACACACGAGUACUGAACCACUGCUGAGGAAACAUUGUGUUUCAUUUGCCUCUCCCACUUUUUCCUGACCCUUCCUAUGUUACUGUGCUCUGUUUGCGAAAAGAAGGCACAUUGAUACAAUUAUUUAUUUGAAGUUACUUAUAGGUUUGGCUAAUCAGAGGCAAACCUGUAGAAAAUCUAUAUGAAUUGUUUUGGUGAACAAAUAAAUGAUUUGUGUCAAUAAAAUGCCUAAAUAAAAUGAUUUUAAUUUUG